AUGGCUGAUGAGGAGUUAUACGUCCCUAAAGCUUGCAAUAAGUCCAAGGUUUGGCAAAACUUUGGCUUUGCAAAGAAAGAUGGAAAAUUGGAUAAGACCCAUGCAAUAUGCAAAAUAUGUCGUGCUGCCAUAAAGUACACAGGCAGCACGACUAAUUUAGGUACUCACCUGAAGAGGCGACAUGGUGAGACGUCUGCCUCAUCCUCCGAUUCAUCUAUGGCUACAGUGGCUGCCUCAACAAGUACACCUGCGCAAAGUAUUUCCACCUUUUUUCAUGCCCCGCUGGCUACCAACUCAGCUCGAUCAAAGGCAAUAACCGAAGCCAUUGCCUUCUUUAUUUGCAAAGAUAUUCAGCCUUACAGUGUUGUUGAAAACGAGGGCUUCCAAUACCUCCUAAACAUUCUGGAGCCGAGGUACCACAUCCCGAAUAGGAAGCUUUUCACAGAUAAAGAAAUCCCUCUUCUGUAUGAAAAAGUGAGGCAUGAAAUAGCUAAAUCGUUGAGCAAUGCCAAAAGAGUUGCUAUUACAGUUGAUGGUUGGACGUCUCGCGCCACUGACUCCUAUGUCACCGUAACGGCACAUUACAUCGAUGAAGAGUGGGUUUUACAAAACCACGUCCUUCAAACCAGACCGUUCAACGAGGCUCACACAGGGAAUAAUCUGGGACUUUUACUGAAGGACGUUUGUUGCACAUGGAACAUCGCAGACAAGAACCCAGCGUUGGUCACGGACAACGCAAAAAAUAUGUUACUGGCUGGAGUUCGUGCAGAGAUAAACCCCCAUGUGCGAUGCAUCGCGCACACGCUCAAUCUGGCCUCACAAAAAUCCCUGAAGGUGGACAGGGUGUCAGAGCUUCUGGUGAAAGUGAGGAAGAUUACAACUUUUUUUCACAGAAGCCCACAAGCAACUGAGGUUCUACGUGAAAUGCAGGCCCAGUUACACAUGCCAAAUCACAAGCUCAUCCAUGAUGUUCCCACAAGAUGGAACAGUUCACUUGACAUGUUGGAGCGUUUUUGGGAGCAGCAGCCUGCUGUGUUGAACACUCUUCUGUCAAGGAAGAUAAAGAGGGGAGAAGGAUUAGCCAGCCUGACAGAGGAAGACAUGACACUGAUCCCAGAGGUCAUCAAAUUGAUGUCCCCUCUGAAAGUGGCAACAACACUCCUCAGUGAGGAAAAACACCCCACUAUCUCAAUGAUCUCCCCAAUACAGGCCAAACUUCAGAAGCAUUUCCAGCCAGAUGAGAGCGAUCUGCUGGAAAUUUCUGUGAUGAAGGAGCGAUUCCGACAGGAUUUUGAUGGUCGCUACACGUAUCUCCAAGACCUCCUCUACUAUGCUGCAGUGCUCGAUCCACGGUUCAAAGACCUGGCUUUCUUGGAAGACCACGGCACCAAGGACAUGGUAUUCACGAAGCUAACAGCAGAGGUGGUGAUGAUGGAGGAAGAGGCAAGUGACAGUGGCACACUCAAUGAGGGCCAGGCAGAGGUUGACAGAAGCCCAGAGGAAGAGAGAGAUGAUGUCCCCCCCAAGAAGACAGCCUUGAACCAGAUGUUUGGGGAUUUCCUCACUGCGAGAGCACCAAUGAAGACCACAAGGGAGAGGGAGCUGUCCAAGCUAUGUAAAGUGGACCCUUAUCUAGACACCCAUCCUCCCCCGUACAGCCCUCCACUGACAGGACCACCAGCUGCAGACGAGGAGGAAGAAGAAGACAAACCACAAGCCUCAACCUCAGCCUCAGCCCCUAAAGCAGGACCCUCCAGCUUAUCCGCCCGAGGAGUCCUCUAA